AUGGGUAGUUAUUGGAAGUAUUAUUCCCAUCAUGGACGACCAUUAUCCGUAGCACUAACUGAACCAUUAAGUCCGUUUGAUACAUUACAAGAUUCUUACCAGUAUACCAUUAAUCAGAAUCCUAUUCGUUGUCAUAAUAGAAGUAGAUCAUCUGGAAGAAGAUAUAACAGAGAAGUCUACAAUAUAGAAUAUGUCCGUCCACCAACAUAUUAUACACAACCGUAUUAUGGAUAUGGAAUGUUCGUCGAGGAAAUUCCAUAUUAUCCACAACCAUAUCGUGAAUAUGGGACGCUUGUCGAGAAAAUUCCAUUUUAUCCACAUCCACGACUGUAUGAUGAACGUGGAACGCUCGUCGAAAAAAUAGAAACUAUCACAAUUGAAGAACAAAUGCCUCCACGUCAACCCCCCUGUGUUAACGAAGUUCGAGAAUUAAAAAUUCGAAAAUCACGAAGACCUUCAUCGUGUGACAAUGUACAUCCACCAGAAACCCAAGUUAUUGAACGUUAUGAACAAGUCGUUCCUAGUGAAGAGUUAAUUACAAUUUUAGGUACACUGAAUAAUGCAGUUAACAUUUGGUCAGGUGAAGAUCGAAAUCGUAUUGUUAUUCGGGAAACGGCAAAACCAAGAGAAGUACUAGUAGACACAAACAAUAUAGUCGUUAGUGGUGCUAAUGUUACCGAAACAACGUUUCGACAAUCAGAAGUAAAUUCCGCUAUCACAUUCACAGAAGAGAGUCACCGUAACGCUGAACGUUCAGAAUUCACAGAAGGGAGUCACCGUAACCUUGAACGUUCAGCAUUCACAGAAGGAAGUCACAGUAACGUUGAACAUUCAUCGUUCACAGAAGGGAAUCAUCAUAAUGUUGAACAUUCAAUUUAUACAUGA